UUCCUUCAUUCGCGACUAUCUUUAAAUUGUCGUCGGCCAAGACAUCUGCCUUACCUUCGCUCGUUUCACAUAGUUGCUUAGAGAUAAAUAAAAAAUUUAAAUAUAAAUAUACAAACAAUUAAAAUGAGUAUUAACUGGAUUAAAAUAACAGAUAGGGCCCGAGAAGGCAUUAAAAUUAUCAACUCCUUGCCGUACAACACCUUCAGCACCGUUCUUCAAUAUGUUCAUCGGCAAAUGUUGACCACAGUAGCUGGCGGAGAUUCCAAAGGGGAAAAUGCCUCCUCUACUGCGGAAAAUGAAAAUGCCCUGGAGGAAUUGGAACGAUUGGUUGGGGUGCCACGUCCAGAUUUCUUGCUAUUGAUUAAAACCUUUUCUUAUAUAUUGCGACGCACCAGCACUUACAUUAUAAAACCUUCCCUAUUACAAGCUGAAUUAAGGGAUAAGCUACAGCUGCAGGAUGAAGCAAAAAUCGAUGCCAUAGUUCGCCUAUGGGUGCGUCAAACAACUCCGAUUAUGAAUAAUUUAGCUAGAGAUUGUUAUGAAUCGAAUGAAAUUGCUGAUGUGGCUUGGAAAUUGAAUGUCGAAAUCUCAUCACAUUGUCAGCAACGGGAGAAGACAGCAUUGGCAGUGCUCCAAUUGAAGACGGGUGCGGGGGAGGAUAUUAAUCUGGAAAUGAAUCACGAUGAACUCUUGCAAUUGUAUCAACAAUUUGAAUGCAUACAAAAUGAACUGGAUGCCAUGAAUGCUCAACCCAAAACCACGAAAGCUACCGUGGCCAAACCGGCACAAGUUUAGAUGUGAAAAUAAACUAGACGGAUGGUCACAUCAGUAUUUUAUUAUUAGGAUAUAUAGAAUAGUUAUAUGUGUAGGUAUAGGUAUUUAGUGGUUUGCUAUUACAAUUUGUUACAUGUUUGAAUUUUUUAGCGAAAUAAAAAAAAACGCUACAUGUUUAGCUUUGCAUAAAUUAUUAAUUAAAAAUAA